AUGGGAGUAGGCGCCGUCUUGGAGCCGCUGGUGGUCAUCGUCCUCCUAUUUGGAGGAACCUGGAUCAAUCGAUCCAAACGCUUUCGCACACGCAGAACAACGCGCUGGCAAAAAGACAACACCUCCUCUCGGUCGUCCUCCCCUGACUCUUUAGAAUCGGGCCAGGCUGGUUACGCAGACUCGGAUCAAGACAGUCUGCUGGGUUCACCAACCGCUUGGUCCCCUUCUUUACUGCAUCCACCGGAAGACCGAUGGCGCAAACGUCAGAUUCGUUUCUUCACGGCUACUUUCAAUAUCACCACCCCGAAUACCGUCGUUUUCCAGGAUCGUCUGCUUAGUCGCGUCCUUCAAAAGUUUCCGUUCUUGGUUGAAGUUUGGUACUGGGCUUUGGUAUACUGGACAUACCAACUAGCUCGAGCAUUUACCGCACUGACCCUUAAAAAUGAUACCGUUGACGUCGCAAGGAAGCAUGCGUUGCAAUUGAUCAAGAUCGAGGAGAAGAUUGGCAUCUUCAGGGAGACAUCAAUUCAGGGAUUCUUCCUCCGGCAUCCUGCCUUGUUGACUUGGAUCAAUUGGACGUAUUCAUUCAUCCAUAUCCCCGGUACUAUCGCCUUCCUCGUCUUCCUAUACUAUUACACUACGGCACGCAAUCGCAUCGAUGAACCACAAGAAGGGAAGCCAUGGGACGAGGCAUCUGAAUCUUCAGCAGGCCCACGUCUCUACCAGGCGAGGAGACGAACGUUGGCAGUUUGCAACCUUUUUGCCUUUGUGGUGUUCACCUUCUGGCCGUGCAUGCCCCCUCGUCUGCUGAGUGAUCAAAGCGUUGAAGGUCCCGAUGGAGAACUCGGGCGCAGCUAUGGCUUUGUUGAUACUGUACAUGGAGCGAAUGGGGCUGGCAGUGUCUGGACUGAAAAUCGGUUCUGCAACCAAUACGCCGCCAUGCCAUCAUUGCACUUUGGAUAUUCCCUCAUGAUAGGACUCACGAUCAUGACUAUUCCGCUUCCACACCGGCAUCGCCGGGCCCUUGCUGGUUCAAGCUCGUGCGCACGAAUCUUCCGAGUCUCGUGGAGUCGCUUAGUAUGUUGCCUCGUGGGCUUCGCAUAUCCGUUUCUGAUCUUAGUCGCCAUUGUCGCGACUGCCAACCACUUCAUCCUGGAUGCCGUAGCGGGAGCGAUGAUAUGCGCAUUGGGGUGGUCAUUCAAUGGGAUCUUACUCAACUUGCUUCCUCUGGAAGACUACUUUCUUUGGCUGGUCCGGAUACACAAGCCGGAACCUUCCGUUGUCGGCUCUCUCAAGGAUGCAGAGGACUGGGACGAUAACACGCCCGAUGCUACUCUUCCGUCAUGA